AUGGGGUACCCGUCGGGUAUCGCUACCCUACAAAUCGGGAAUGGGGAUCUAAAUAGACAUGUCGGGUUCGGGGUCGGAUCUGAGAGAGAAACCUCAAAUGACAAAGAUGCUGAAGAGAGUUCUUCAUCUGAGGGGGAACAUGAUCAAAAUGAUAGAACAGUCAAGCCUCUACCAUUUCCUGAUAUUAAUGCUGGUAACCUCCAUGAAAAUAUUCUCAAUCCUCUUCACAACAAGGGAAAUCUGUAUGAAAGAUUUCAGAGAGCAGAAAGGGAGCUGGAAGAAGAAGAGCGGAAUAAAACUGGAAAUGAGUCUGAGAAGGAUGAACCGGAGAAAUCCCUGCAGAUUCACACCAAAGUUAACCAUAUUCAAAGCAUGGCAGCAGAUUCACAAGAUAAUUCAUCCAAUGAAGGAUCCUCUACUGAUGGUACCAAGCUUCUGAAGUCGAUGACAUCUCUACUUACCUCUCUUCAAACGAAUGUGAUAACUAUGAGAUCAAAUAUGUUAAAGAUUUUGAAGACCCAGAAAGAAGACAUAAAAGAAUUUGCUGAAUGUGUCAAAAUCCUUAAAGAGUUGGAUAAUACACUGAAGAAAAAUACUCGUCAAUCGAAAAUGAUGAGUCUUGAAAGACAAAUUAAUCUUGAUAAUCAUCGUGAGGUCAUGGAAUCAAUGGAACUAUUCAAGAAUCAGAUGAUUGAAAUUCAAGGUAGCCUGAGAAGAUCUGAUGGUGAAAGAAUGGAGUAUGCCGACUCCAUUGCAAGGAAAUUUCAAGAGAAAGAAAAUGCGAAAGCUGCUGCUGAAAAAGAAAAAAUUUGUAUCACUCAAGGUGAGCCUAGCAGAAGAGGUGACAGUGUAUCAACCGGCACCAGAUCUAAGUGUGCGCCAACAAACGAUGAAAAUUCAAGGCCAACUAAAAGAGGUGGAGGUCGAAGCGGUGGUGAUCGCGGAGGCCAAAGUAGUAGUGGUGGUCGUGGUGGGCGAUCUGGUAGUGAUCGCGGAAGUCGUACCAGUGGCGGUGAUCGUGGUGGGAGAUCUAGUGGAAGCGGUCAUGGUGGUCGUGCUCUUCCUCCGUUUAAAAACCUUCUAACUGGUGAAGGGAUAAGCGGUGGAGGAUUUACCUAUCCAAUCGAUCCUCGAGGUUAUAUGUGA